AACCAUGAGAACCUUUCUCCUGGUUAGACCCACCUCACACACACUCUCACAUGAACACACACACACACACACACACAUGAACACACUCUGCUCUCUGACACACACUUGUGUUGUGUAAUGAUAAACACAGGUAGUAAAAGUUAAACACACACACAGGCGUCACAGCUUCAACACAAAGACUCUAAAUUAAUCACACUUGUUUCUAAUGAGGUGAGGAAACCAGUAUAAUCCAGUCUAAUCCAGUCUAAUCCAGUCUAAUCCAGUAUAAUCCAGUAAAAUCCAGUCUAAUCCAGUAUAAUCCAGUCUAAUCCAGUAAAAUCCAGUGUAAUCCAGUCUAAUCCAGUAUAAUCUAGUAUAAUCCAGUGUAAUCCAGUAUAAUCUAGAAUAAACCAGUAUAUUCCAGUCUAAUCCAGUCUAAUCCAGUAUAAUCCAGUAUAAUAUAGUAAACCAGUAAAAUCUAGUAUAAACCAGUAUAAACCAGUAUAAUCCAGUCUAAUCCAGUGUAAUCUAGUAUAAUCCAGUGUAAUCCAGUUAAAUGCAGUAUAAUCCAGUAUAAACCAGUAUAAACCAGUAUAAACCAGUGUUAUCCAGUAUAAACCAGUAUAAACCAGUAUAAACCCCUUCUGAGUCCUGAAACCAGUUCAGAGGGUUAAUCUUCCCUGGUCUGGGAGACGUUGAGCUGAGGUCCUGAGUUCUGGUCCAUGAUGCUGUAAAGACUUGAAUGUUGUCGUUUUCUCUCUAAUGUUUGAUGAAGAAAGUUUGAAAAUGAGGUUUUUGAGCUCAAAGUGUGUGUGUGUGUGUGCAUGUGCGUGUGUGCAUGCGUGCGCAUGUGUGUGCGCCUGUAUGUGCAUGAGUGUGUGUGUAUGUGUGUAUGUGUGUUUACGCUUGUAUGUUCAUGUCCAUGUGUGUGUGCUCACAUUACAGCCGGCAGCCAGCAGGGCGGCGCUCUCACAGACAGAAGACAGCAAGGAGGGAGGUACUUACACACACACACACAGACACACACACACACACACACAUUUGUUUGGACAAACACAGACAUAUACACACAAAAACAGACAACAGAGUCACAUUAUACACAAACCUUUUAUUCAGACACACAAACAAACAGACAUGUUCAGUUGUGUGUUCUUGUUCAGUUGUGUGUUCUUGUUCAGUUGUGUGUUCGUGUUGACGGUGAUAGCGCCCCCUUCAGACGUUAUCAGUUUGCGUCUUCCCUGAACGUCCUCAGCUCUUUGUCUCUGUCUCAGGUUCUGGGGACACCUGUCCUUCUUUGCCGUCCCGUCUCUGUCCAGAGUCGAACUGCUGCAGCUGCUGGCUGUGGCUCAAACUGCGGCUCCACACCGUCGUUAUGGACCCUCUGUUUGACCUCGGGGUCAUCCUCAUCCUCAUCAUCAACACGCUCUUCAUGGCCGUGGAACAUUAUCCAAUGACAGAGCACUUUGAAAGAACGCUGUCUGAAGCCAGCCUGGUCAGUGUGAAGAUACCGAGACAGAGCAUCUGUAAUCCAGAUUAACACUUUACUAGAAGACUAACAAUAAUCCAGAUUAAACUUCAGUAUGAAGAGCUCCUUUAAUCCAGAUUAAACUCCUGGAUUACACAAAGUCACAUGUCGAUUCCCUGAGUAUCUGUCCUUUAACCUUUGACCCCCAGGUCUUCACAUUUAUCUUCUUGGCUGAGAUGGUCCUCAAAAUCGUCGCCAUGGGCCCUUCUUCUUACUUUAAGGUCAGACAACUUCCUGAUUGUUGCCAUGGUUACAAAGGAGAUGUUUGGCUGUUUCUAUAGUAACCUGUUUUGUUGACAGGUGGGAUGGAACAUCUUUGACAGCAUCAUCGUCGUCCUCACGAUCCUGGAGUUGGCCAUCAGGUCGAUUCUCUUUGGGAGUCCAUUCUCGUUUAAUCUGGUCAGUGUGAAGCCAUCUUCAUCAUCUUCAUCUUCACCUUCAUCAUCUUCUUCAUCUUCAUCAUCUUCAUCACCUUCACCUUCAUCUUCAUCCACAUGAUCGAAACGUCCAACACUCUGUCUCCUCACAUGUUCACUUAACUGUCCUCACCUGUCCUCACCUGUGUCUCCUGCAGCUGCGAGUCUUCAGGCUGGCCCGGUGGUGGCCCUCGUUCCGCCUGUACCUGAAGCUGGUCUGGUCCUCAUUGUGGGCCCUGAGGAACCUGACCCUGGUCCUCGUCCUGGUGGUCUUCCUCUACAGCGUGGUCGGCCUGCACCUGUUUGGCCGAGACUACAAGGACUGUGUCUGUCGGAUCGCCCAAGACUGCGAGCUCCCGCGGUGGCACAUGAACGACUUCUUCCACUCCUUCCUGAUGGUCUUCAGGGUCCUGGUCUGGGGUUGGAUCGAGACCAUGUGGGACUGCAUGGAGGUCUCCAACAAAACCACGUGUGUGGUUUUUUUCAUGACCCUGAUGAUCGUCGGAAAACUGCUGGUGAGUUGUUAUGAGACCCAGACCUCCUUCAUGAAAACCACAAACCAGAGUCCAGAGUCCAGAAC